GCUGAAACCGUGUGCGGUCAGUUUAGAGCUGGUUAGUAGAUGAACUAAUCCUCACUGAUUCAGAGAGGACUUGAAAAAUGAUUAGUCUGAGGGGUAAACCAUUUGCUUUGUGCUGCAACUUUCUCUUCUGUCUACUGACAGGAUGUGUAUCAGGAGAAACCAUCAUAACCACAGUGGGAACAGAUGUGACCUUACGAUGCACCUAUGAUGCUCGGUACUACGGCAAGCUGGCCGUGUGCUGGGGUCGGGGGUCCGUACCUAACAGGGGAUGUGCCAACCAGGUGAUCAAGUCUGACGGGACGUCAGUGACCAGCAGGUUGUCGGAGCGGUACUUGCUUUUGGGAAAUCUUGGUGAGGGAGAUGUGUCGCUCACCAUCAGACAGGUUGAAGAGAGCGACUCUGGCACGUACGGGUGUCGGGUGGACAUACCGGGCUGGUUCAAUGACCAGAAACAAGAGCUGACUCUCACAGUGAAAGCAGGGCGCCCCUUUCCUGUGACAGUAAAGGCAGGCGAAGUAAACCAAAGAACUAUCACUGUUCGCUGGAACCCACCGUUUGAUGGUGGGGUCCCCAUCACCGACUUCAUCAUAGAUCUAAAAAACAAACAAGAACCCUGGGACUCCGCUGUAAGGAGUACACUGUCACAUGCUCAGCUGAUUAGGGCGACUUUGGUGGAUUUGCAUCCGGCCAAGACCUACAACGUUCGCAUGUUUGCCGUCAAUAGCGUGGGAAUGAGUGAAAGCAGCAAUGUUCUGACAUUCACCACAAAAGAAGCAGCUCCGGAAGGGCCACCCCUGGAUAUGCGGCUGGAGGCCCUCAGCUCCGACACUAUCAGAGUCACUUGGAAGCCUCCGAGGGCUGAUCUCACAAACGGGAUUCUGUUGAGUUAUAAAGUCACCUACAGAGAGUAUGACGCUGAUGCCCGGAAGUUUAAAGGUUGGCAAGCAAUAAUCAAGAAAGCCAUGCAUGAAGUAGAGAGUCACAUCCUGAGGAACCUUAAGCCUUCGACCGAGUACGCCGUACUUGUACAAGCCAUGACUAAUGCAGGGAUAGGACCUGCCUCGAGUGCCCCUCUCUGCUCCACUUUGGAUGAAAUUCACGGAACAACAACGGCAGCAGCAACUACGGAUUUUCCUUCUACGACAACAUUGGUCUGGGACACAGGUCUCACAUUCAAGACUUUGCCCCGCAUUCGUACAACUUCUGCAACUGAGACGACGUUUGCAGACAUAUGGUGGGAACAAACCACCACAAGAACGAGUUCAGUACCCCCAGAUCCUCCUGUAGUCGAGCUGCAGGAGCUGACAGACAAUAUCAUUUCCCUUUCAUGGAGUCCUGGGUUUGAAGGUGACGGCCCCAUCACUGGCUACUUUCUGGAAUAUAAAGCAGUCAACGCCUCGUGGGAAUACACGAAGACUGUUGUAGACUUUGGCCCUGACCAGACAGAGGCCACGAUAAUAGAGAUAACUCCCUCGACAUACAAUCUCCGUAUGUUUGCCAUGAGCAGUUUGGGCAUCAGUAAAGCCAGCAACGUCCUCACCGUCACCAUCGGAGAACCAGGCCAACAGAUCAACGAUACGGUUUCCCCCGUGUCAGCUGAUUCGCAGACUGCCGUGACUGAAGACGACGGACACGGUGCUCACCCAGCUGCCAUCAUUGUGCCAGUGGUGCUGGUUGUGUUGAUUGGUGCCAUGGCAACCGCUUGGCAGCUUCGACGAAUUAAAAGGAAGAAAGGGAGUCUGAGCAUGUUGCUCAACGACAGAGGGCUCCGUUACAAAGGUUCUGAGUCGUUACAAGAGUUUUAAGACCCAAAAGGCAAUACUGGGGGAUUUGAUCAAAUCUGUGAAGGAAAGAAGCUCAAAUGUACUUUCCUCUGAAUUUAAGCUAACCUAAGGGAAUGAAAAGAAAAACAACAAACAACUUUUCAGGCUCUGUUGCAUUCAAGAUGUAUAUGUGUUGCUAACACGUCCACAACUGUCAGCUGUUUAUCACUUUACUUGUUUCACUCUUUCAUGAGCACUGUUAGGGUAAGGCACCCCAGUUUUAAUAUUUAAAUUGUUUUGAAAAAACAUUUAUGGUAUUUGUUUAUCCAUGUACAUUAUUUUUGAAGGAUAAAGCAAAAUGUGUCAUGUUCAUUCAGCAAUCAUGGAAUAAGGUAUAUCAGAUUUACCAGAGCCAGUUACCUGCUUUAGGUCCUGCCAUUCAGAGUCUUUUAAUUAGUUUGGUCGACUUUAUUAACACUUUUAACAGUUUGUUGAGUCAUCAGAGGUGUAAAUGCAGCUCUGAAUCUGGUUUUAUGUAUCAUACAAGUUUUCUUCUAUGUUGAUUUAAAGUGUAUGUUGUUAUUGUACAAAACAAAGGUACACACAUUUGUACGUGUCUGCAAAAAUCCUGUUUUAUAUUAGAAUUAAUGAAUAAAUAAAUGACA